GGAAAACACGCAAACGUCAGAAUUUUGUUUCGUCUGACGUUUCGCCUUUUUUCUAUUCUUUUUAAAUAAAAUCUAAUCAUUUUAUUCAGACUUUGCGUUGCAUGAUGUACCCGAAAAAAGAAGAGUGACGGUGACAAGUAUUGGCUGAUAAUGUUCAAGUUAGAAUCGUAUAUAGCACCAAUUUUGCUAAGUUACGUGGAUAAGUACAUUAAAAAUUUUCGUUUGGAAGAUUCACAAGUUUCGUUAUGGGGCGGUGACGCAUCUUUUCACAAUCUAGAUUUAAGAUUAGAAGUGCUCGAGCAGGAGCUACAGUCGCCGUUUAGUUUUAUUUCUGGGCAUAUCAGGGAACUUUUGAUUCACGUGCCGUGGACCAAACUCACCUCUGAACCCAUUACAAUCACCAUCAACACUAUCGAGUGUGUUUUAAAGUUAAAAGAUGGAAAUGAUGGGGUCGCCUCAGACGCGUCACCUAGCAAAGAUAAACACAAAAAAAAUACUAGUAGCAGACAUGAAGUUGAAGCACCUCCAAAUUAUGUUCAAUUACUCAUUAAUAAAAUAGUAAGCAACAUAAAAAUAAUUUGUAACAAUUUAAUUCUCAAGUAUGUGGAAGAAGACAUAGUUUUAUCCAUGAACGUGAAACACUUAAAAGUUGAGUCGUGCAACGAGAAAUGGGAAUCCGCCUACUCAGACAUCUCCCCAACGCACGUUAUCAUGAGAAAAGUGAUAGGCGUCAACGAUUUGACGGUAUGUUUAGACAAAAGAAACGCGUCGGGAAAAAUCGAUUUCUACCAAGAACCCAUGUUGUAUCGUUGUUCCAUGACCAUGCAUUUAUUAAGAACUUACAACUCGUCAACGUCAAAUAAAACGUCACUGACUCGCUUGGAUAUUUACUGUAACAGCAUGGAAUUCAGCAUGACUGAACAACAAGUCCCUAUGUUCCUACGCCUACUAGUCUUACUAUCAGCCCUGCAACAAAAACAACUAAAAUCGAGUAUCGACAUCCAGGAUAAUUCGUCCGCGUCCCAAGAAAACAAAGAAAAUGGUAAUAGUACGGAAACGUGGACUGGGUGGGCGUGGUCGUACGUCUCGUCGGUCCUACCAACGCAAUGGGACGAAAAUCUAGACAACAGACAAUUCUUAAACCAGUCUGGACACAUAAUUCAGAUCGGGUUUUACGUCGAUAGUGCUUCUCUCACCUUCAAGGUGUCUGAAACAAGUCCCGACAAGGGUUACUACACCCAGAAAAAAAUCCGUUACUAUCCUCUUCUCUCGCUCCAACUGCAAGGUAUCUACUCGGAGAUGAUUUCCAUCGGGAGGAAAUGGUCGAACUUGACUUUCGGGAUAAGCGAGAUAUUGUUGCAGCCGGAAGGGUCGUGCAGUUGCGCCUAUCCCGAGUCUUUGGAUUCGUCGUACCCGUAUCUAGCGAUAGGUUCGCAGACGUCAAGUCAUAAAAGCAACUCGCUUUUUGAUGCGGAGGCUGUGGAGAAUAAUGGACAGGGACAAUACAGGAAUUAUAACACGAAUUGGGACUUUCAUAUGUUUACUAAUACCGACGCGGUGCUCCUGGAGCGCACUCCAGCUUUCGCUUGCGACUACGUAUACCAGAUGGAGCUGCCAGAGGACACCAGUAGCGAUAUUUUGUCGGAGUUGGGGAGCAACCUGGAGUAUAGUAACAUGGCGGAAAAAGGGUCCGUGCGGUUCUACGUAGGCCCUUUGAAGUUCCGAGUUUGUUCGGGCUUUUGCCACCGCACGAGUACCCUUCAAGUAGCGGCGUCCAACUACGACUACCCCCCUUACUACAUCCCGAAAUCCGAACCCCUCCUCCACGAGUUGCUACCACCAUCCGAGGAAGAUUUCGACGCUUUGAAUGAAUUCAUCCCCACUAAAACCAUCCAGUUUAUGAUUUUUGAACCCGUCGUGGAGUUACAAUUUAUGGAUCAUCCAUUUUUCGAACCGACUAAAGCGGGCUUGUUUAAAAAAAACAAAAAACAUACCUCCACGAGUUUGCCCAAUAUACAGUUGCAGAAGCUCCCGAAAGUCACUAUUGAGUGCAAACUGAUCGAAAUUACCAUGUUUAACCCGAUGUACCUGAACAGACUUGUACACACCACGUGUCAGUUACCGGACCCCCCGAAAAAAAUGUUUGACGCUUGUUUUUCGAAAGUUGACGUGAACGUGGUUGGUUUGUGCAGUCGUUUGUUUUUGAAACCGAAUAAUCAGACGACGCUUGUUGUUCCCUUUAAUUUGGUUUAUCAGAGCAAGAGUAUACUGAGUCCGCAGUAUUGGGUUAAUCAUGACGUCAUGCACAGCGAAGUGAAUUUUCAUUCUGAAAGUUUGACUUUUAAUUGUACUAAGGCGAAACUCAUAGUCGUGUCACAUUUGAUCAGUAACAUACUUAAGCAAGAUAUGAACGGACUUAAGUCGCUUCGAUACACAUCUCUACUGUAUGACGCCUGUAAAGACUACGCGAUGCCUUACUUGGAACUGUACGUGGAAGGUGUAAGGUUUAAAAAAGUUUGCACGAACUCCACGGUUUCAAUAGAUGUCGCUUUAGAAUCUAUCAAAGCGUUUAUUUUUGAAUCAAACGAAAGCAUAAGUAGUAAACAGACGUCUGUACCCAGUAACAUACAACAAGUUUUGUUUUUCUCGGGCCCUGAACCCAAAAGUGGUAAAAAAGCGACCUCCAGUUUUUCCGAAGAUCUCCCCCUUUUUAUGGCAACGAUUCAAUAUCCUUUAAAACCCGACUUACAAGCUCACCCGUCUUUGGUCAUUUUUAAUCUACAAGAGAUUAACGUUUGCGUGGACCCACUGGUCUGUAAAUGGUUGCUUUACCACCCUCUCAAAAUCGGGCUACAUCGAUCAGAAGGUACACAUUGUUUUAGUAGUACAGUUAAUAAUGGAAGUCUCGUAGAGCGUCACCAUUUCAAAAGUCUUAGUUACACGGAAAUUUACGGUAGCGUUUCUGAAACCCCCAGACGGAGUAGCUUUCAAAUCGAAUCCGUGCAUAGUAGUUCCGACCGAGAUAUAGUAUACACGUCACAUCAAAAAUUACCAAAAAUCGAAGAAGAAGAACAACAAGUGGAUCUACAAGAAAAAAUCUACGAUUUUUUAAAAACGUGGCACCCGGUUUGGAAAAGUAUGUUACUGAGCGGCCACAUUUCUCAAUGCAUAAUCUAUUUUCCGAUGGCGUCGAUCUCCGCUGUGGGUUCUCAAGGUGUUGAAGAAGCCAUCAAGGAAGCUUUGAACAAACAACUGGUGCCUAACGUGAUGGUCAUCACGCUCCCGUUCGCCAACAUCCACAGCGCCCAGAAGCAAAACGUCGUGAAAUAUUUAAAAACUCUCCCAGUCAAGCUUCCCGAAACCAUGUGGAAUCUCGGUAAGUCCAGUCGCGACAACGUCACAGACAUAAUUUUUGUAAACACAGACAGGUCUAGUUUCCCCUGGACUAUGUCCGUCUCCGACUUAACUUGCUACUCGAUGGAACACGGUAAAGAAAUCGCGUUUUUAAAAACCGUCGGAAUCAGUGCGACUGUCGGUCUCUCCACCAAGUCCAACGAUAGCAAAACCAGCGCCGAUUUCCAACCACCCGUCGACAGCAACCCCAUCGGGAGUCUUGGAGUGUACGUCCACAUCGACGUCACCCCCAUUAUAAUAUCGGUCUCGGAAACCCAAAUGUGCUUACUCGCGAGUCUCAUCUACGGUUUAAGCGAAUUCUUCAAUAGUUUGACCCCCAAGAAGUCAGAAAUACCCAAAUUUGUCGAUUCCGUGCCGACGCUAGUCACCGUGGCGAGUCCCUCGCUUUCCCCCACCGCCAAAGACAACACCCUCGACAACACCAGCGGAACCAUACCCGCUGACCCCGCAGACGCCUCCAUGAACACCGAAAACGUCAAACUAACGUCGUGGAUCCAGUGGACUAUAACGAAAUUCUCAAUCGAGUUACUGUCGCACGACGCCAACUCCAACUUGAAGCUGGUGAUCGACAUCGAAGAUAUCGUCAGCUCGCUUGAUUACCAGAGCGUCUACUUGAAGAUGAGGAGCAAAAUCGGCUCGAUUUCAAUCCAACAUUACAAAAGGUCAUCCGAGAAACACAAGUGGCAACGGGGACCUUUCUCGGGCGUGGUGAUGAGGCUCCGAGAAGACGUCCCUUUGGAAAAACGACCAGAAGAGAGUGGUUUUAUUGGAAUUACGAUAACGAGGGCGAGCAGCCAACACACUCAUAACUUAUGGGGGGCUUUGCAGAAGUCCUCGAAACAAGAAAAACGAACCACGCAUCAGAUCUCCACGUCGCGGUUCAUCACGGAGAUUGUGGUCAGCGUACAACCGAUUGACGUGGUGAUUUCUUUUAAAACCCUUCUAGGGUUUUACUCGAUCGUGGCGCCUUUCGUCGAUGGGGUUUCGGAUAACCAGGCUGACGUCGCGACGAGGAAAAAGUCGGCGUUUACCAAUCAAGCGUUACCACUGGCGUACUUGGAGUGUCACGAAAUCCGGGUUAUUUUGCCGGCGGCGGAACUGUCAGGGAGCGGAAAUAAUCACGACGUGUUCGUGAUCCAAGUGGAGAAGAUCAGUUUGAGUCCUAGUGUGGUAAACCCGAUUUGUCGCACUCCGGUUAGACCCGAUAUAUACAGACAAGCAGCUCAAGCUAGAGUUUUGACGAUACCAGGGAGUGAGUUGGAAGAUAGACAAUACCAGUUGGACGUUUGUGGCAUGGCGGUGAGUACCACGACGUGGAGGGACCUAGACCAAGUUCUUAAUAUGCGAGGAAACUUGGUGAGGGGGAUUAGCGAGAACCCCGCUCUGGAAUGGAACAACCUCAAGCAGGGUAAAUUGAGCAUCGUGCCCAUACUAAACCUAAAACAAGUAGUAGAAAAACUUGACAUCAGCGUGGUGGCCGCCCCCGUCAUGGUCUACAAAAGCGACAUAAUCAUCUGCAGCAGUUCCUUCGAAAUCAACUUCGUCUCAGACAUCGCGAUUUUCCUCUCGCUCGACCAGCUCAAACUAGCUUCAGCGCUACUAAACGAAAUGUCUGUACCCUUGAGUAGCGAACUUACUUGUAAUCGUUUGGAAAUCACCUACCCGUACACUCGUUUCGAUAUUUUCAAAGACGACCUCGAGACUGAGCUGACCGAAUUUUAUAAAGAUUCGGGGAUCGAUACUUCAGAGAUCAGGAGCGUGUUGUCCUCCAAGUCUCAAGUUCAACCAACGAAAGAGGUGCAGAAGUCGCCUUCUCCGUCGCAGUCCUUCUGCGAAGUGCCUCUGGAGAUUUUGUUCACGGCGGGGAAGAUCUCGUGUUGUUUGUACCAGUUCUGCGUGACGCCGACGAUUCAGGGGGUUCGUAGGAGCAAGAGGGGGGCGCAGGUGGCGGAGGAAGAAGACCGAAACUACGAAGCCUCCGAGGAAGAGAGUGUAGACGAGGCAAUCAAAAGCCACAAGAAAUACAUCCCUUUAAUUUACUUCUUCGUUUCGCAACCCAACGUCUACUCCUCCACGCAACAAUUCGCCAGUUCCACCCACCUCUCUUGUUUCGAUUUCGGGAUAAAACUAAGCGACCCCAAAUGCAGCCCCAUCUCGUCCAUACCCACAGUCCAAGACUUCUCCGUCGACUUAAUAAACACCCGCUCCGGCAACCCAGACCACGUGACCGGAAUCCCACCCGCCUUCCUCACCAUGAAGUGCACCAAAGAGCACAGCAAGAACACUACCUUCUACGUGGAGUUGUCGCGACCCACCAAAAUCGUUUUUUCGCUCGCCAAAAUCACGGCUUUGCUCACCCUCAAAAACAAGCUCGUCGAGAAUUUCCCGAUCGUGUGGAAAGACAGCGUCAGCGUGGAAAAGGAAGUGGAGAAGACGUCGUUGUUCCGAAGCGUGAAAGAAUCGCUGCGGGGUGUGGACAUGAUCCAGUUCAAGACCGACCAGCUGGUGGUCGUUGUAGAGACCGAGCAUAAUUUGAGCGCGAGUUUGGUGAUCAACCGCACUAAGAAUAGGGUGUUUUUUUCGGAUCGGCCGGAGAAGAUUCACAGUUUUUUGACGUUCGAGUGUCUCACGGUUUCCGUGACGAAUGAUAGUGUGAAGAGGUUGUUGUUGAAUCCGUGGACGGUGACGGUGGAGUUUAGUGCGUUUUUGGAGUCGUGGCAGAGCAAUGAGAGUGAGCCCCAGGUUCACGUAGCGGUGGAUAGCGAUUGUUUGAUGAUGGACGUGAGUCCGGAACAGAUUGUUUGUGUGGAUAAAAUCGUCAAGGAGAUGGUGGAUCUCGCGUCGUAUUUUGCGUCGGGGAGUCUCGAGGAGGAAGACUACGUCAAGGUGAUCGUCCCCGAGAAGGAUCAACACUACAAGGAUGAUUUGAGAGCUGGGGCUUUUCAGUUUAUUGAAGCCAGUAAUGCGAAUAGUGAAGAGUUGCCGCUGCCGUAUCAGGUGAUGUUUUGGAACUAUAAAGAGAUGGCGGCGAUGGCUUGGAGGUACCCGCAACCACGGGCUUUGACUAAAGUUAGGAUAUUUCCGGUGCCGUUGGAAAUGUCCAUGGAUUUGGAACCUUGUCAAGUCACUUGCAAUUUGCAGUAUUGGUCGGACUAUCACUGUGCGUAUAUUUCGUACGCCAGUUUCAACCUGUCGGAAACCGAGGUUUGCUAUCUUAAUCUUCCGAAAACGGAGCCUCAGCGUGCGGUGGCUUACAUCUGGCGCGUAGUUUUGACCACUUUGGACAACAAAGGCAAAAAAAUCAACCGGAAUUUAAUUUCUCCACGAGCUUUAGCCGCCUGCAUGAGAAUUGAUUCGUAUUUUAAUAAAUCCAUAGUUCCGAAUUUGACCGUAGUCGUGUAUGUGUCCAAACUGGAAAUGUCUUUGAUUAACACCUUCAAUAAAAAAGCAUCCGUGGUACUCCCUGGGUGUUUACAACAAUUCUCUUCGGAUCAGUCCAUCCCCGACACCCACUGCUUUUUCAAACUAACCCUAAGCAACUUAAAAGUGCACGCUGCCAGUUGGGACUUGAAGAUGCUCUUCGCUGAUUUAUCUUGCGUGACGAAGUGCACCGUCCUCGAUUACACCUACUUAAGCGAGCAAACCCUCCUGGACCAGUUCUCUUUCAAACUAGAAGCUAAUUUAGCUAAGAAAUUGUCGUGUAGUUUCGUUUCCACCCCCAUUAGAGUAAUCUUCGGGCCUACAGUAGCCCACACUUUAACCCUAAACGCGCAACUGUGGCACCAAAACGUCAAAUCUCUGGAUAAUGAAGAAGUCGACUUCGUGGUGUUCACCCGCUACGUCGUGUGCAACGACACCAACAUCAACCUCCGCUUCGGCCAAAUCAACACCGACGAAGACAUCCUGUUGCCGAGUCGCUGCUUCAACUUGUACUGUUGGCGCUCCCCUAAGUGCAAACGUAAAUUGAAAGUGGCGUUCGAAGAACGGGGUUGGUUAUGGUCCAAACCCUUCCGCAUCGACGAAGAAGGCACCCGUUUGAUCCCCAUCAGCGUGGAGAACAGCCUCAACGUGAUCGUAACAGUGAAAGCGCUAUCGACAAGCCAAAAACAAAUCGUCAUCGCUGGACAAUUCGUCAUCGCCAACAUGCUUCUGGAGCACUUCGAGUUUAAAAUCGUCCCGGAAUCCAAAGACGACAAGGAGAUGAAGAAGGCGCCGGUGCACGUACUUGGGGGCAAGACGAUCACGCCUUCCAUGUUCAUUGACCACCGCACGAACUACUACUUUCGGUUGAGGUUCUUCGGCUUGGAGUCGGCGUGGACUGGCGAUAUACCGCUCAGGGAACACACGAAAGGAGCGCAGCCGUGGCUGGUGAAAGUUCCGUUGCAGGAGCGCGGCCAAUUCUUGAGCAUCUGGUGCCGCAUCGUGGUUCAAGACUGCCAAAAGGGUAAGCGCAUUCUAGCCAUGUUGUGGCCGCUCUUCAUGGUAAAGUCGAACCUUCCAAUCACGUCCAACAUCCACAUUGAAACCCCCACGUUGAACGUCCAUCUUGAGUCGACCGUCAAAGGAAAGGGGGAGUUGCAGCAGCUGUACUGUCCAGGCACGAUCGACCACUCACACCAGUUGACUUUCAAACUACACGACGGGACGUCGAUUUCCGACCCUUACAUCCCGUUGAAUUAUAGUCUGGUGGAUCAGCAGAAGUUUUUUAAAAAAGCGGAGAAGGAAAAUGUUGAUGAGAUUCUGGAGAGUUUGAGGAGUUGCGAUGUUUCGCAGUGGCCGUACUUCGGGGAGGACUUGGAGAACGUGGAGUGGAUCGUGGACGAGCAACCGCAGACCACUAUUCAAGUCAGGUACCAGAAUGCGUGCCCGUAUUCGAGCGCGUUGUCGGUGGAGUUGGUGCCGUGGUGUUUGAUGGUGAACACUUUUGGGUGCUCGAUGUCGGUGUUCAUGAAUGGGGCGGAGCUGUGCAAGAUCCCGCAGUACGGGGUGGUGGCCCCACCUAAGCUAGAUGACAAUUUCCACCUGGGUAUCGACACCGGCGGUGGCUGGUCCUACUCGCCGCCUCUCCAGCUCUCCACCUCCGACUGGAGCCAGACCUUCUACAUGCCUAAAAUCUCCGGAACUCUCCCCCUGGAAGGCACCAUCAAGACCGUCAUCAAAUCCGGCUCUAACGUCGCCAUGGUCUCCAUCACCAGCGUCCAACAAGACCAAAUCCGCCUCCUCAAACUCACGUCGUCCCACGUCUUCAGCAACUACAUGACGAACCAGAUCCAAGUAGUUUGUCUAGCGGUCCCCGAAAGCGACAAAAUCUUUGACUUGCCGCCGAGCUUGGACAGGUUGUCGUUUUCGGUGGCGCCGCAGCUCGACAAAACCAACUCGGGCAUCUCCAUAAUCCGGUGGUUCGUUCUGGAUGCGGAUAAUUGUGACGCCAACACCAACUACGUCCUGUAUAUGUCGUUCUGCUUUCAACACGAGUUCGGCUGGUCGUGUCCCGUGAGGGUGGAUGACGGGGUUGCGAGGAGAAGCUUGACGGUGCGCUCUUCUGGGAAAAAAUCGGUUCCUCUGGUGCUCACGUCUCAAGAACGCAAAGGUCAAGUUUUCUUGUCGUUGUUCCACGACGACUGUCCCCAGAUCCUUAUCGAGAACAAGAGUUCGGUGAAUUUGCGCUGCGCGCAGUCGCUUAGAGAGAAUGGAGGCUGGGCUCCCGAAUCGAAACAUUUUAAAUGGGUGGCUGAAGUGGAACACGGUACCAGCAUCUACUACACUAUGCCGUUCGUGUCCGAGAAGUUUCCGGAAUUGCCGCAAACUUGUUUCAGCGAGAGAAUCGUAUUCGCCGUGGAACCCAAAGAUGAGGACCACUUUGAAUGGUCGAGCGCCGUCAGCAUUUUGAACGACUCCGAACAGUUUGUUAAAGUACCGAAGUUCGGGGACGUCCGAGUGGUGGUUAAAGUCACAACGUACACUACUCUGUUAACGAUAGAGUCGGUGAGUGAGGUUGAAAUUAACGCCAUCGACAUCAGAGGGCGCUUAUCGAGGCACGAACUCGAGACGGUUUUGGGCAAGAAUUCGCAGACUGAGAAUCGACACUCUAUAGAUAUCAAUUUGGAUAAUUUUUCAAACUCUGCCGUGAAGGUGCGCGAUGGAUCGAAAUCGUUGUUAUAUAAGUCCAUGUUCAUUCCGACAAUCCCGAUGCAAAAAGGCUGGGAGUUGAUUGAAAUUUUCUCGUACGUGAAGUCCUUCAGUGUGAUAUUUUUAGCCGAUUAUAACGACGAUUUGGAGAAGAGUGGGGUCGCGAGUUUCACGUUUGAUGACAUAGGGGUGGAAAUUCAACAAGAGGAGGACUUUAAAUUAUCAUUGUGUAUACUAGAUUUGCAAUUUGACAACGAACUGUAUUCUAAAGAGUCGUUCGAUUUUCCGGUGGUACUAAUAAGUCAAGAGACGAAACCUCGGAGUACGACGAACUUGCUCGAGAGAUCGGCGAAAGAAUUAAUACGAAACGUCAAAGACGACACGUUACUGAUGAUGGAUCUGGUGGCUGAAACGUGGUUGGAUGAUUUACGAAAAAAGAGAGUCACGGGUGUUAAAGACGUGAAAAUCAAAUUAAACCCUCUCUCGAUUUACGUGGAAGACCUCUACAUAAACAAACUAAUUGAGUAUUUCACCCAUUUGAUUCCGUUGAAGUUAGCACUGUUGCCACAACACAACCCUAAAACCACCGCGUCGAAAACCGUCUCUGUGAGAGUUCCAGAGGUGGUUUUCUGGGACUCCUUAGUACUUGCUAAACCCAUAAGCCUAAAAAACAUCACAGUCGAACCCCUAUCUUUGCUUUUAUCCGUCCACUCAUCCCUUAAGUUGUACAUAGCCCUAGAUCAAUCGCCUUUACAGUUUGGACGUUUCGAGAGACGAAGACUUAUGACCACGCCUUAUAGACUGGGACACGCCAUGACCAUGCAUUACUUAUCAGGCGCUAUAUUUGGCGCCGGAUGGGUCGUGAGUUCCUUAGAACUCUUAGGAAGUCCCAGUGGUUUAGCGCGCGCCAUGGGAACCGGUCUGCGCGACUUCAUCAAUCUACCAUACCGGGGUUUAAUUCAAGGUCCGUGGGCUUUCCUGACGGGAGUGACCCAUGGUUCUGCCUCCCUCAUGAAGCACGUAACCGCUGGUACUUUGCAAUCAGUAACGAAGUUAGCGUCAAGCGUCGCCAGAAACUUAGACCGACUGACGUUAGAUGAAGAACAUUUGAAACGAACUGAAGAACAAAGAAGACUGAAGCCUCAAGGGGUAGCUCAAGGGUUUAUGCUGGGUUUAACAGGUCUGGGUAUUAGUUUGUUGGGCGCUGUGGGCGGCAUCGCCCACCACCCCCUCCAGUCCAUCAUGGCCGACGGGGCUUCCCCUCGCUCUCUCGCCGCCGGAGUGGGUCUAGGCCUCGUGGGAGUCAUCACCAAACCGCUGAGUGGAGCUGCAGAACUUGUAGCUUUAACCGGACAAGGUUUACUUCAAGGAGCGGGCUGGAACCCGCUGCCCCAACCCAGGGUCGACGUUAUCCAAAGCUUGAACUUGAUCGAUUCCAACUCGGCCGUGAAGUACGAGUGGAAACUGUUGAAUUCGAUUUCGUACAAGAACGUGUUGUUUGCGAUCGAAGCGACGACGUUCAGCGACAUGGAUUUCAAAGGAGUUGCUUUAAUUUUGACGUCGAAUGCUUUAAUUGUGGUCAACAUUGACGAUGACGUGGUUAAGAGGAUAAUCAGUUUGGCGCAAAUACAAGUGGUUGUGAACGAACACGACCCGACCCAUUUGUGUUUCAAGAUCAUGAAGAAGAGCGAAGAGGAGAGUGUGGUGGAGAUGGAUCCGGCUUGUAGAGCGCGCGUGGCCGACUACGUGAGGAGCACUGCGAGCUUGUUGCAGUUACCGGGUGAAACUGUUCGUGAACAUUCCGAAAUUAAUUCACAUUUGCACGAAGACAGCACUGAGCAAAUUAAUUGUUACGUGAAUCCGCAAAAUAGGAACUACUUUGUUUGCCUACUGUCGUUGGCGAAGCAAAUGAACAGUAAUUUUAGUUUUUCUGUAUUAUAAAUUUUAAUAAUAUUAUUAAAACAUGAAUUUUUUCAUUGCA